UAGAAGACUCUAUAAUCUUCUCCAUCAGACUGGGUCACAAGGGCACCUGCUAUAUCAGGUUAUUGUCUGUAGAGGGUAGACAAGCAUUCGUGAAAGAGGUUCAUGGGUAGUGAAACUAUUUUUAGGCCUGGCUCAGAGCACAGCAUAGUGUUUGGCUGCAACCUGAGUGGGUAUAUGCAGUCGCUGUGUGUGGAAUAUUAGUGGACUGGAACUUCUCUGCCUUGCCUGUCUCUCAGUCGUACACCGUGCAGGAAAAUUGGUUAAAGAGCCUGGAUCGGCCAUGGCUACCUGUUACACUGAGCCUCUGGCACUCAGUGCCUAUGAACAAGGUGAAGAUGAGGAAGAGAAAGAUUCAAAAUCCCCACAAAGGAGCUCAAGUGAUGAGUCUGAUGAGUCUGAACUUGAGCCACCACUGGCUUCUGUGGUGCGAAGAAAGGUUUCUUUUGCAGAUGCCUUCGGCUUGGACUUGGUUUCCGUUAAGGAGUUUGAUAACAGAGUUGAGAGUGCUGAAGGUAGAGAGGGAGAAGAGCUCCACCUGUCCUGCAUCUUCAGGGUCCCAGACUCGGAUGAGGAUCUGAAACUCCGGCUUCAGCAGAACAAGCUGGAGCUGGAGAGGAUUGAGCUUCUGCCUGGCUCCACCACCAUCCGUGGUACUGUCCGUGUACUUAAUCUUUCAUAUCACAAAGUUGUUUAUGUACGCACCUCUUUGGAUGGCUGGCAAAGCCACUUUGACAAGCAAGCUGAGUAUAUUCCUGGAUCCAGCGAUGGAGAGACAGACCGCUUCUCCUUCCUGCUCACUUUAAUGCCUCCUUUUUCAACUGAAGGGGUGCGGGUGGAGUUCUGCCUCUGCUAUGAAACCUCCAAUGGAAUUUUUUGGGCCAAUAAUGGUGGUAUGAACUAUGUGCUGUUCUGCCAUAAAAGAGGAGAGAGAGCACUGAAAGAGAAUGAGGAAGGGAAAGAAAGGGACACAGAAGAGAACAAUCAAAAGGGAAAAAAGAGCUGCUUGAAAGUUAUCAAAAAGGGGAGUAGUGUUGAGUCAAAAUCCAUGGACAUGAGCAGUGAACUCUCAGAACAAGAGUCACCUAGGUCUGUAGAGAAUAAAAAAGAGAAAACUCAGCAGAAAGCAGAAAGUCGAUCAACACUGAAGGAGAGCUACAAAACUUUGGCUGAAAGACAGAAAAGGCGAAAAGCAACUCAGGUGGCAUGCUUGCAAGAUUAUUUCUCUAAUAGAGAUAAAGAAGUCCAGCUUGAGCAACCUUCACAUCAAGAGACUUUAAAAGAUCUUAAUGUGGUACAACCCAUGCAACUAACAGAGGAUAUGUCAACAAAGAUGUCAGAUGAUGCCUGGAAAGCUUUCCUCGAUGGAACAGAUAGUUUAGACAAGGCUUUGGACCAAAAGAGUCUGCUUUGCAUUGUAGAGUCCAAUGCUUCCCAAUUAUCAAAUUCAGAAUAUGAUAUGUCCAAAAUAGAGGACAAUAUAUCAGCAGGGAAUAGCCAGCAUUGUGCAUUGACCAGUGGGACUGGAUUACCUCAAUGCUUUACAGCAAUGGAAACUCUCAAGUCUGAUCCUGUUAAACUGUCACCAGCAGUUGAUGCCAGUCAGGUCAAUGAGGAUUUGAAUUAUAAGUAUAGUGAAAAGUCACAGAUUAGUUCUGAACCAUGCAACAACCAGGAAUCAGAAUCAGUCUGGGUCCAGUGGGGGCAUAGUAAGGCCCUCAAUGGUAGACACACACUUUGUGAAAGGCCUUUUUGUGAAGAUGAGCCCAUAUCAUUAACCAAUCCAGGGAAGACAGUCCAUGCUGAAGCAGAGCAAGAACUUUCAAACCAGAAAAUGACAUCUUCUUUAAAGAAUAUUCAAGCAGUACAGGGUUCUCAGACCUAGAAAAGAAGGUGAAAGAGAACACACACAGAGUAGUCAAAGAUACUUUGACAUUUACCAGUAUCAGGAACAAACCAUUAUCAAACAGCUUAGAGUCAGAAAAACAGAAUAUAGAUGAAUGUGGGGAACCAAAGAAAAAGAAAGAGUGUAUUGGUGAAGAAAAUGAGAAUGCAUCCCAAGUGAAAAGGAUAUUUUGUAGUGAGUAUUCUGAAGACACUUUAGUAGCACUAGAAAGUAUUUUGCAUGAAAAUGAUGAGGAACCCUCCCAUCUAAAAGAUGGAAACACAGAAAUAUGCAGUUCAUUGAGGCAAAGUGUGGUGUGUGAUGAAGAUGAACCACAUAAGCAGAGGGAAUGUCUCGGGAAGUGGGAUGAGGAGGAUGUGUAUUACGAGUUAGUAAAAAAGACAUUCUCUAAAUACAGUGAAAGUCAAGAAAAAGAAAUAACCCCAGUAGAAUAUAUAGCUGCUAGAGAAUGUCAGAAUAGUUUGAAAGUUGUUGAUCAGAGUACAUAUGUAUGGCAGAGUGGGGUGAUGACUACAUAGACACAGAAUUACACAAGGAACUGCACACUCUUCAAAGUUUUACUAAAUCCUUUCCACAUACACCAAAUUGUGUAAGCAGUCUCACCAGUAGUACUCCAUCUGGGCACUUCACCUUGACAGAAUCUGUGAAUGAGGGUGAGCAUGUUCUUUUUCCUGCCCCACACAAGGGUUAUGAGAGUGAGGAGAUUCUGAGUUAUAGGGUAGCUCAGGAUGUCCGGGAUCCAGGUGUGGGGACUGAGUUGCCUAGCUCAUACUCCGGGAUGGUUUCCUCUUCAGUGGGCACAAUAUCAAGUUGGUUGCUGGUGUGCUGGGCUAAAAUCUCUACUCUAAGCUACAUCACUGGGGCUCUUGUGUGUGCUAUCCUGUUCCUUAUCUUUGUAACUGCUUAUUUCCAUGACCUCCCAGUUUGCCUGACCAUUUACCUGUUGUCUGUCUGCUGGUGGUGUAGACAGGGCAUGAAAAAGCAUGUGACCACAGCUGACAGUGUGGACUGACAUCACAUCAAGGAUAUUUUUCACUUUAAGGGCCCAACACCAGUUGUCUAUAUACCAUGAGGGCAUUUCUUUCCUCUUAGGAUAUUGCUUUCCUAAAUAAAACAAU